ACCUUUAUCUGAUUUUCGCCAAUUUCCUGUGCAUUUGUGGUUUUCUACAGGAGUUCUCUAGGGAGGCCCCAGGCAGCCCCACGAGAUGAGUGUGGGCACUUGAGUUUUCUAGGAGGCCUCUCCUCUCCUGCUGUCCUGGUUCUCAUCCAACUGGUGUCCAUCUAAACAUUCCCACCCAGGGAAUUAUUUAUGCUGCAGAAGAAAGAAUGCCCUCCCCAAAGCCAGUUCUUGGGGAAAAGAAGAACUGUUGAUAUAGCCAGCGCCCCAAAAGAAGAUUAUUCUGCAACAGCUAAAGCCUCGUGGAAGGUUUUACUUGUAGAUCAACUUUCAAAAUGUAGGAAGUCAGAAUGGGUGACAUCAUCAGAAAAAUAUGUGGAGCUGAUCUCGACAAGAAGUGAAGAACCCAGAGCAAGAAAGCGGUUGCAACUCCUGAGCCCAGGGAGCUGGCAGCGUCUGGGCUUGAGAGCGGCCGGCGCCUCCGACAGGUUGUCUUGAAGUGAGCGUCUGCUGUACUGCUGACUCCAAGAUCUGAAUGCUGUGACCGCUACUUCGUUGAACCAAGACUCUGAGGCUGAUAUGCAAUGUCACUUACAACAUUAAUCAGAUACUGCAUUUAAGUGCUGGUAUCAGUGGUUUGAUUUUCAGCAAAUGUGACAGUGGCCUUUGCAGUGGUCAGCUCCGAGCUUUGAACUCUCAGAGGAGGAAGGAGAAAAAAAUUCAACAUACCACCUCCUUGGCUGCAGCCUCAGAGAAACCUUGGAUGAGAAACUUCUUUUUUCAAUCCUGUUUUCCUGUUGAUAAAUUCAGUUCUCGUGAUCACAGUACAUUCAAGCUGUUCUGCGUAUGAUUUUUGUGUGUAUGUGACAAUUGCAUCUAAAACUUGUGAGCAAGAAGACGGAGAAAUCAGUUGGUCUCCAUCGCUUUACAUAAAAAUGGCUGAGUAUCUUGUCAUGCUAGCACUGCAUUAAGUGAUGCAUACAGAUCUUGAUGUGGAGGAGAUGGAGGAUGCAGAACCAAGGAUUUCCAAGUGAUUUCUUCCAAAGCACGGGAAAAUAACUCUGUUAAGGCUGGUCUGUUCUAACUGAGAUGACAGUCAUGUCCCUUUCCAGGGACCUCAAGGACGACUUUCACAGUGACACAGUGCUCUCCAUCUUAAAUGAGCAGCGUAUUCGGGGCAUUUUAUGUGAUGUCACUAUCAUUGUAGAAGAUACCAAAUUUAAAGCCCACAGCAAUGUCCUGGCAGCUUCGAGCCUUUAUUUCAAAAAUAUCUUUUGGAGCCAUACAAUCUGUAUUUCCAGCCACGUCCUGGAGCUGGACGAUCUCAAAGCUGAAGUGUUUACAGAAAUACUUAAUUAUAUCUACAGCUCCACAGUCGUCGUCAAGAGACAGGAAACAGUCACUGAUCUUGCAGCUGCAGGAAAAAAGCUGGGGAUAUCAUUCUUGGAAGAUCUUAGCGAUCGCAACUUCUCAAAUUCCCCAGGUCCCUAUGUAUUCUGCAUUACUGAAAAGGGAGUCGUUAAAGAAGAAAAAAAUGAAAAAAGGCAUGAAGAACCAGCCAUCACUAAUGGGCCAAGGAUCACAAAUGCAUUUUCCAUCAUUGAAACAGAAAAUAGUAAUAACAUGUUUUCUCCACUGGACUUAAGGGCUAGUUUCAAAAAGGUCUCUGACUCCAUGAGAACAGCUAGCCUUUGCCUAGAGAGGACAGAGGUCUGCCACGAGGCCGAGCCUGUCCGCACACUCGCUGAGCACUCGUAUGCCGUUUCUUCCACAGCCGAGGCUUACAAAAGUCAACCUGCACAUGAGCACGAUAGCAGUUCACCUGGUCAGACAGGUAAAGAAAAUUGUGAAGCUCUUGCAGCAAAACCGAAAACAUGCCGAAAGCCAAAGACAUCCUCCAUCCCCCAGGAUUCUGAUUCAACUACAGAAAAUACACCACUCCCUCCAGUAACCAACGUAGAGGUUAAUCAAGAAAAAAGUCCACAGCCAGCUGCAAUUCUUUCUCAUUCAAACUCUCCCAACAAUGAAGGAGACGUCCACGCUUCCAAGGAAGAUGAAAAUCAACCUUCUGACGUUCCCGGGCCGCCAGCAGCAGAGGUUCCACCUCUCGUUUACAAUUGCAGCUGUUGUUCCAAAUCCUUUGACAGUAGCACUCUGCUCAGUGCCCACAUGCAGCUUCACAAGCCGACCCAGGAGCCUUUAGUGUGCAAGUACUGCAACAAACAGUUCACCACCCUGAACCGUUUGGAUCGGCAUGAACAGAUCUGUAUGAGGUCAAGCCACAUGCCCAUUCCUGGAGGAAACCAACGCUUUUUAGAAAACUAUCCUACCAUUGGACAAAAUGGUGGUUCAUUCACAGGUCCAGAAGCUUUAUUAUCUGAAAAUAGGAUUGGUGAAUUUUCCAGUACUGGAAGUACCUUGCCAGACACAGACCACAUGGUUAAAUUUGUUAAUGGGCAAAUGCUCUACAGUUGUGUUGUGUGCAAACGUAGUUAUGUGACUUUAUCCAGCCUCCGAAGACAUGCAAAUGUUCACUCAUGGAGAAGAACAUAUCCUUGCCAUUACUGCAACAAAGUAUUUGCAUUGGCUGAGUACAGGACAAGACAUGAAAUUUGGCAUACGGGAGAAAGGAGAUAUCAGUGCAUUUUCUGUCUUGAAACUUUCAUGACCUACUAUAUACUCAAAAACCAUCAAAAGUCUUUCCAUGCCAUAGAUCAUAGACUUUCCAUCAGUAAAAAAACAGCAAAUGGAGGCUUGAAGCCUAGUGUCUAUCCAUAUAAACUUUAUAGGCUACUGCCUAUGAAAUGCAAGAGAGCUCCUUAUAAGAGCUACCGAAAUUCUUCCUAUGAAAAUGCUCGAGAAAGCAGUCGAAUGAAUGAGUCUGCACCUGGUACCUAUAUUGUUCAGAAUCCACACAGCUCUGAAUUACCUACACUGAAUUUCCAAGAUAAUGUAAACACCUUAACCAACAGCCCAGCCGUCCCAUUGGAAACAUCUGCUUGUCAGGACAUACCCACUUCUGCCAAUGUACAAAAUGCAGAAGGCACCAAAUGGGGAGAGGAGACAUUGAAAACUGAUCUUGAUGGUAACUUUUAUUCUACUGAGGUAUCAGUUUCUUCCACUGAAAAUGCUGUCAGUUCUGGCCUGCAGACAGGGGAUGCACCUGUUUUGUCCUUGAAUAAUGGCAGUGAGAACCCAGCCUCUGUGAUCAGCUACAGUGGCUCAGCACCCUCGGUCAUUGUGCACAGCAGCCAGUUCUCAUCGGUGAUAAUGCACAGCAAUGCUGUUGCUGCCAUGACCAGCAACAACCACAGAGCCCUUCCAGACCCAGCUGUCGGUCAGUCCCUGAAAGACGACAGUAAACCCGAGCCAGAUAAAGUAGGUAGAUUUGCAAGCAGACCCAAAAGCAUUAAGGAGAAAAAGAAAACUGUACCCUAUAACAAGGGAGAAAUACCAGAGGAGUCAAAAUACGUUGCUGAUCCUGGAGGGUCAUUGAGCAAAGCCACAAAUAUCGUUGAAGAAACCAGUAAAAUUGAAACCUACAUUGCGAAACCUGCUCUGCCUGGAACCUCCACAAAUAGCAACGUUGCACCCCUUUGCCAAAUAACAGUGAAAAUUGGGAAUGAAGCCAUUGUGAAAAGACAUAUUCUAGGAUCUAAAUUGUUUUAUAAAAGAGGGAGAAGACCCAAGUAUCAAAUGCAGGAGGAGACGUUGCCACAGAAGAGCGACCCGGAACCCAACGGAGACAGCCCACUCGACCUUUGCCAGUCCGAGUGCGUGGAGAUGAGCGAAGUGUUUGAUGACGCAAGUGACCAGGACUCCACUGAUAAACCGUGGCGCCCUUACUACAACUACAAACCCAAAAAGAAAUCCAGACAGUUGAGAAAAAUGAGGAAAGUCAACUGGAGGAAAGAGCAUGGAAACAGAAGCCCAAGCAGCAAGUGUAAAUACCCAGCAGAGCUGGACUGUGCUGUGGGCAAGUCCCCUCCGGAUAAGGCCUUUGAGGAAGAGGAAAACAAAGAGAUGCCCAAGCUGCAGUGUGAACUCUGCGAUGGAGACAAGGCGUCUGGGGCUGGAAACCAAGGCAGGCCCCACCGCCAUCUCACUUCUAGGCCUUAUGCCUGCGAGCUCUGCGCCAAGCAGUUCCAGAGCCCUUCCACGCUGAAAAUGCACAUGAGAUGUCAUACCGGAGAGAAGCCAUACCAGUGCAAGACCUGUGGACGGUGUUUUUCAGUACAAGGAAACUUACAGAAACACGAACGCAUCCACCUGGGCUUGAAGGAGUUCAUCUGUCAGUAUUGCAACAAGGCAUUCACCUUGAAUGAGACCCUCAAAAUCCACGAAAGAAUCCAUACUGGAGAAAAGCGGUACCACUGUCAGUUCUGCUUUCAGAGUUUUUUGUAUCUCUCCACAAAAAGGAAUCAUGAGCAGAGGCAUAUUCGGGAGCACAAUGGGAAGGGCUAUGCCUGCUUCCAGUGCCCCAAAAUUUGCAAAACAGCUGCUGCCCUUGGAAUGCACCAAAAGAAACACUUAUUCAAAAGCCCAAGUCAGCAGGAGAAAAUAGGUAACACAUGCCAGGAAAACUCAAAUCCUUUGGAGAAUCAACAUUUCAUUGAUUCAGAAGACAAUGACCAAAAGGAUUAUGUUCAAACCAUUGUUGAAAAUGUCCUUUGAGUGGCAAUAAUUAGAAAAAUCUUCAAAAAUAUAAGUUGGUGUUUUUUUAGUUAGUUUUUUUUUUAAGUUUUGUUCACACGACAGUCAUGAAGGAGUGAAAUGUUAAAAAAAAAAAAAAUUCAUUUGUGAAAAUUCAAGAAAAAGGAUCCUAGUAUCUACUUUGGGUUUUAGCAUUAACUUCAUGCAAAGUGCAUAAAAACAAAAUAGCUGAAUCCUCCAAUAUCCCAAGUACCUUCUGAAAGUUAAUGAAGUUCUUAGCUGUGGUAUUUCUACCAGUGAAAAGAGUUUAAUUUUAGCCUAAUUUAAAACUUCCUAGUAAAUGCUAAUAGGAACUGGCUGCUGAACUGUCUUUAGUCACUGGAGAAAAUAGGAGUCAGAUAUCCUGAAGAUGGCAUCUUCAUAAAUAUGUUCAGUGGUAAAUGAGCUGUGACAGUCUUUAUUCCCAUCCGGCUUCUGCGCUAUUAAAAUUUGUUUAAAUUAAUGGAUACAUAUGAAAUACUUAACAAUAUAACUGCAAAUAUGUGUGUAAUGAGUAACCUAAAGUAGAACAUUCAUACAUAAUCUAGAACUACUUUUCUGCAACACAACCUUGUAAAAUACAUAUAUAAAUCACUAUAACGUUUAACUGUCCAUAUCCCCUUUAGAGAAUUAUGGUGAGCAAUAGAUCUGCAAAUAAUGAGGACUGAUGUCAAAAUCCGUAGAAAGCAUUUUGAAUGUGAUUUAGGAGCAUGUGAAUGCUUUUAUAUGGAAUGCUAUUCUCCUGAAGUUAUGGCUGAGCUGUUAUUAGAACUGGUCUCACAAGUCACAGAAAACAUAGGUCAUGCCUUAUCUAUGGGGGAAAGCCCUCCCAGAAUUUACCUGUGAUUACCUGUGCUGCAUAUUAUUUUGCAAUGGCCUCACCUCAGAGAAUGAAAGAGGGUCAAAUUCUUCUGAAACUCUCUGCAGUCUUCCAGCCAUCACAAGGCCGUGGAUGUGGGGGUCUAUUCCAGAAAGACUUAAGGUUCAAGUAAACUUGACAUCUCCCAUUCCACUGAAGGAGUGUCCAGGAGAUUUAGCUCAAGGCAUACAUGUGGUAGUGAAUUCCCAGGCACUUGAAAGUGACAGGAAGCCUAAUCCCUACAAUUACUAGUCGCCUUGGAGAUUAUGCAGCCCACAAGUGCAUAGUAGCAUAAAACAAAAGGACAACAGAACCCCACCCCCAACCCCACCCAUUAAUGACUUGAGUGGGCAAGAAGAAGUGAUGACCUUCCUUGCUUAAAACAGUAGCUUUCUUUUUGGGGGGUGGAGAGGUAGGAUGUGGAGUGACAAAGUUCUAUCCCUUAUGUGACUCAGAAAUAUAUCCACAAAUCCAGAAGCUUUGUCUUCAUAUUUGCAGCCAUCUAGACCCCUUGAUUAGAACCCACUUAAGUUUUUUAAAGUUCUUUUUACACUGACCCACACCAUCAACACUGCCCUCAAAUCUAAUUGCCCUACAGGAUAUUCCGUCAUGUGGACUAAGUUCCUGAAAAGCUGGAACUCAUGAUUCUUUCUUUUGAAACUGCCAGAAUAGGAAGGAGAGAGAAAACAUUCGUACCCUUUGAUCACCAACCAGGAUGAGCAGAAUCCAGAACUCAGUUUGAGUGACCCGCAACCGUUCGUAUUCACUGGAUUCGGUAGAUGGAAACCCAAGGUUAUCCAGGGUUGGAAGGUUAUCAUUAUGAAGAAGUAGCUCAGAGGACUCCACCUGCUCUCUACAAGUGUCGUGACAUCCCCAGGAAGAAGACUUAGUAUGGAUUUGGGUUUGCAAGAAAGCAUUUAAAUGCCCAGGAAAGGACAUGAUUAAAGUUGACCUUUUUAUACUGUAGUACUUUGCUAUUAAAGUAACCCCAAUAUUGUAUCUGCAUUUAUCUUUUGUUCAUCUACUUUCACUUACAUACAGUAUUAUAUAGUAGAGGAAAAUGGAAAAAUGCAAGCAAAUUCAACUUUAUUUUAUACAUUGUAUAUAUGUACACCUACACUAUUCAUUUGGGUUUUGUUAAAGAGAUAGUCACAAAGGGCUUAUGAAAAUCAUUUUUGAAUUGAUAAUUAGAAUAUUGAAUAAGCAAUCCUGUGAUAUAAUUUGUUUUAUCUGUUAGGAUUAUGAAUCAGGAAGAAUUACUGUGUAUUCUAGUCAUUUUGAUUUGACUUAACUCCAAAUAUAAAAUUAUUAUGUGUAGUGACGUCUCCCAGCCCUUAUAUGUGGAUAUUUUUUAAGUGGACUUGUAUGCUGAUAAUUCUAGACCAAAGUAAAUAUGGCAGAAUAUUUAUACAUGAAAAAAUAAUUUUGCAAAUAUUUUCUAUAAUUGUAUUCAUUUCAAAUGUUGAUAGCUUGUGUUAGUUUCAGGGAGGGGUGUAUAUUUUGAUAAAAAAUACUUGACUUUGUAAUUCUGUAUAUUCUAUACAAUUUAUAGCAGAGCCGUUUUAAGACAGCCUUGUCACAUUUUUUUGUUAAUUGUGAAAAUUUUAUUAUGAGUGAUGUUUAUGCAUUGAGUACAUAAUGACCAACUAGAAUUAAAGUAAGUGUAAACAGUGAACAUACUGUAUGCUGUACAAGAUAUAUUGUAAUUUGCUGUUUUAACAUCUGUAUUUUGGUUAGAAGAUAUUAAAUGCAGAUGUUAAGAAUCGGAAAAGUCUAAUUUUAUUUUUAGAAAUAAUGAAUAUAAAUUUGGUUUUGCUUGAUUAAAAUAGCUUAUUCCUACAUUAAGUCUCUUUUUAAAUGUUUUAAUGUUAUUUCUUUUGUGCAGCUAUUUCAUCUGUGUGGGUCACAGCUUUAUUUUCACAUAUUAGUCAUUCAAUAUAUUUGUUUCCUUGUUUCUAUUCUGUGGUACCUACUUACAUGCUUAAGACUCAAAUGGAUUUUGACAUUAAAAAAACAGAAUAAUAGAGA